CGGGCGGCUGAGCCGGCGGCGCCCAGCCCACGAUGCCCCUUGCGCCGAACGGGGCAGAGCGAGCCGGCAGCCGCUCCCCGCCUCAGCAGCCGCCUCCGGCCAUUGCCGAGCGGUUCCGGACUUUGCCGAACCUCUCCCCCUUCUGGCCGGGCUGCGCCGGCGGCAACGUGGCAGCUGCUGCCGCCGCCCGCCCCCCGCCUCCCGCGAUUCAAACACAGCACCCUCGCCUCGCCGGCGGGCAGCCAAUGGGGAGCCGCCCGCCGCACAGAUCGAUAGGAGGCUACACCAAUCAUAAGGCGAAUUCAUAUCAAGUGGCCAAUGAGAGCAAAGAGAGGGCGAGCCCGAGGCAGCCGCGCCCCGCCCCGCGGCGCGCAGCCUCCCGUCAGAAGAGAAGAGAGCUGUACUCUUGGAAGAUGAAGAUUCUUUGGGGAAUUCAUGCUAAUGCACUGGCAUAUUCUAUGACUACCUUAGGUGCUGGAAUGAUGAACAGCAUUUUUAAUUUCUACUACGUUAAGCUUUUCCUAAACCGAUACAAAAUUUCAGAAACAGGAUUUCAUGUAGCACAGGUUGUGUUUAUGGUCUGGAACGCCAUCAACGAUCCCCUCUUUGGCUACAUUCAGGACAACUCCCGGCUGAAGUGCUGCGCGAGGCGCCAGUUCUCCAUUCUGUACGGAGCCCCUCUGUACGGGCUGGCCUUCCUGCUGCCCUGGUUCCCCUGGAGGCAGUACCAGGAGGGGGACUGGCUGUGCGGCCUGCACCUCGUCGUCGCGCUGUGCGCCUUCGACGGCCUGCUGACCUUCGUGCUGCUGGCGCAGUGCGCGCUCUUCGCCGAGAGCUCCGGCAGGCACGACGGCAGGCUCCGCCUCAUCAAGUACAACCAGGUGGCCACGCUGAUGGGCUCCACCAGCGUCCUCUUCUGCGGGCUUGUGUCGGAUAAUAUGGAAAACUUCGCUUAUUUCCAGGCGUUCGCUGUUUUGGUGGCGGCGCUGGCGACGGCUUGUAUGUGUUGCACGGGUAAAUACAGCACCAGUCAGUAUGAGCGGAGGGAGAUUCAUACGGAGGAGGCUAAUCUGGAAAACAGUGAUGGAGCUUUCUCCUUGGCCUCGGUAGUUUCACUGACCAAACAGAUCAUGACAGAGAAGAACUUUCUAUGUUUUGUAACAAUGAACUUCUUCCAAGUCUUCCACCUAGCCUUCUACAACAAUUUUAUGAUGAUCUUUGCGGAUAACCUUAUUCCUAAGGAUGUCCUUUCUUCCUCAGUAAGAAGUGUCAUGUAUGGAGCAGGUUUUAUUUGUCCUCAGUGCCUUGUUCUUCUUAGUCAUGCUUCAUUGAAGAAGUUUGGUUAUUACAGAAUCAUCUUAUUUUCCUUUUAUUAUGAAGGAGUAGCUGCUGCUGUCAUGUGUCUACUAGGGCAAGAACACUAUUAUCUGCUGGCAUUUUAUGUCACAACAAACAUGGUAAUUGUGCAAGCUUCAUUUAGCUUGUUCAAUUUGCCUUUGGCAGAUAUUGUUGAUGCAGAUUUAAUAAAGCACAAGAGGAGAUUACCACUUUCCUCUAUGGUUUUUGGUACCAAUGCUUUAUUUACCAAGCCUGCCCAAUCUUUGGCUCCAAUGGUUGUGGUUACAAUACUAAAUCAUUAUGGAUAUUAUAAUCUGAAUAAUGUACCUGGUCAUCCUGAUAUAAGCAGGUCAUUUUUAGAUCUCCAUGAUGCCAUGUUCUACCUGGUCUGUCUGGUUCCCCUCUGCAUUGCAGUCCUACAGAUCCUGACCUGGACUCCCUUUUCCAUCCAGAACAGCCACCUGGCAGCUCCACAGUAAAUAUGGAACCAGUGGUCAGUGCAUCUCCUGCUGAACCACAAGAAGAGAGUUCAGUGAGUUUUUCAUGUGAGAAAGCAAAAUUGCAAGAUGAAACACAGUUUGAGCUGUUUCAUUCAUUCAGUCUCUGUGUCUCACGUUCAGCCUUAAUGCUGAGCCUACACAAGUUUUUCCUAGUUCAUUUGCUUUCUGUUAAUGGGUUUUAUCCUUAAUUACUUUAUUUAAAGUAAUUUCUGGUAUAUAAUGAUUCCUGUUAACUCAUUUGAAGAAGGGAUAUGGCAGAUCAGGGAAAGGGAUCCCAACUCAGCACCUGGAAUUCCAGGGAAGUGUAUUUUCUGAAGCCUGUUGGUGGAUUAAUUUUGCCAAACUGAUAAAAUGGCAGAUCUUUGAAGUUAAUCUGGAAGAUCCCAGUGGACAUCCCUCAUGGAUGGCUGGGAGAUGAAAAUGUAGAUGGUGUCUAGCUGGCCAGUAUCAAGACAAAUCUGACAGCUACCAUGGGAAGAGCCAAGAGUAAUUAACUACCCUGUGAAAGUCUAUGCAAGGCUGAAGAAAAAAAGGAUUCAGAUGCUGUUCAGUGUUGCUCACUAUGGAAAAACCUCACUGGCUUUCAGAAUCUCUAGUUGGUGGAAGGCCAGUGCAGUUUUCUGGCUUUAAAUGGGAAAGUAAUUUUGAAGGUAUCCUGUAGUUAGUGCCUCAUACAGAAUGUUAUUGUGGCAAGGACAGCAUUAGUCUGUGGAUGUAGGGUUCAGCUCUUGGACACAUGUAGGCACACACAGUUACUAAACCAAGCUCUACCUGUUCACUGGUGUUACGAUGGCUAACUCAUUUGGUGUGGCUAUUUAAGUUAAUUUCUGAAUCAUCAAGUUGAAGUUAGUUAAUUUCUGAUUAAUUCUUAUCAGUUAAGAUUUUAAAUGAAUCCUGUGAUUUUUAUAAAAUAAAGGGUUUUUGACCAAAAUUUAGAAA